CUACAAUUAAGAAUUAUUUGUAAUCUAAUAAUAUAAUUUAUGGUUGUGUGCGGGCUAGGCUUAACGGUAAUCGUACGGCUUACAUCGCAGUGUGCACUGUACCUUAGCUGAAGGGAUUAUAGGUUUCGUAAAGCAACAAAAAAUGUAGAUUUUAAUACCACAAAUUGUUAAUAAAAGAUUAAAGAUGACGAUAACACACUCUCUUAAAAUAAGGCAUCACCCUAGAAAUACUUCAGUCUUCAGAGUUUAUCACUUCGCGUCUCUGUUCAGUGAAUAUUUGCAAUUUCCAUUAAAGACCAUGGAAGCUCGAGCGCCCUUAACAGGAGAACCGGUCUUCCAAGCCAUCCAAAAUUAUUACAACAACAAGGGAAAGUUUAUAAACAUUUCAGAGGAAUUCAAGCAGGAUGCCAACAGAUUUAAUAGCUUCAGUGUAACCAUUGACACUCCGAGGGAUGGAAAUAUUCUAGUAGAUUAUUCAAAAAAUCGUAUCAAUGGGGAAUUGAUGAGCCUACUUUUCCAAUUAGCACGCGCUCGAAAAUUAGAAUCCGCCCGAGAUGCUAUGUUCAAAGGUGAAAAAAUUAACUUUACAGAGAAUCGUGCGGUGCUACACACUGCAUUGCGGAAUCGUGGAAACGUUCCCAUUCAUGUCGACGGUCAGGAUGUUACAUCUGAUGUCAACGGUGUAUUGGCCCACAUGAAGGAUUUUACAAAUGCGGUCCUUAGCGGAGUUUGGAAAGGAUAUUCGGGAAAAACUAUAAAGGAUGUCGUUAAUAUAGGCAUAGGUGGUUCUGAUUUGGGGCCAUUAAUGGUCACAGAGGCAUUGAAGCCUUAUAAUAAGGGCCUUAGUAUGCAUUUUGUCUCAAACAUUGAUGGUACCCACUUGGCUGAGGUUUUAAAAAAUGUGGAUCCUGAACGGGUCUUGUUUAUUAUAGCUUCAAAAACAUUUACUACUCAAGAAACUAUAACGAACGCAACAUCCGCAAAGGAGUGGUUUUUGCAGUAUGCGAAGGAUCCGACCGCAGUUGCUAAACACUUCGUCGCUUUGAGUACUAAUACUUCCAAAGUAACAGAGUUCGGAAUUGAUACGGCUAAUAUGUUCGGGUUUUGGGAUUGGGUGGGAGGACGAUACUCUUUGUGGUCGGCUAUCGGCUUGAGCAUAUGUUUGUCGGUUGGAUUCGAUAGCUUUGAACAAUUGUUACUUGGGGCUAAUCACAUGGAUAAUCAUUUCACCACAGCGCCACUUGAAAAGAAUGUUCCUGUCAUCUUAGCCUUGCUGGGAAUUUGGUACAGUAAUUUCUUCGGUGCAGAAACUCACGCACUGCUCCCCUACGAUCAAUACCUGCAUCGUUUUGCCGCAUAUUUUCAACAGGGCGACAUGGAAAGUAAUGGGAAAUAUGUAACUAGGAGUGGCCAAGUGGUGAAUUAUUCCACCGGUCCGAUUGUUUGGGGUGAACCGGGUACUAAUGGCCAACACGCAUUUUACCAAUUAAUCCAUCAGGGUACACGUGUCAUACCGUGCGAUUUCUUUGCGCCGGCACAAACUCACAAUCCUAUCAGCAAUGGUAAACAUCACAACAUUUUAUUGGCCAAUUUUCUGGCUCAGACGGAAGCGUUGAUGACUGGAAAAACAGAAGCACAAGCGCGUCAAGAAUUACAGAAACAAGGAUUAUCAGGUUCCAAUUUAGAACAUAUUUUACCACAUAAAAUAUUCCAGGGUAAUAGACCGACAAACAGCAUUGUCUUUAAGAAACUGACACCAUUUGUGCUGGGAGUUCUCAUUGCUCUAUAUGAACAUAAAAUUUUCACUCAAGGGGUGAUUUGGGAUAUAAACUCGUUUGACCAAUGGGGAGUCGAGCUUGGUAAACAACUUGCAAAAGCAAUCGAACCUGAACUGCAGGAUAAUAAUCCUGUCUCAUCCCACGAUGGAUCCACUAAUGGAUUAAUCAAUUUCAUUAAAGCUAGUCGCUAGAUAUUUAUAUCGCCGGUGCAAUAGAAUUGUUUCUGAAUGUGUAGUUGUGUUGAGAAUUAAAGAUUUUAUAUUAGUUUAAAAUCGGAAUUAUUAAUAAAAUGUAAGCUUUACUGUCCAAACGUA